UACAGUGCAGUUCUGUGCGGUGCGGUGCGUAAAACUCUUAUUUUCGAAUGAAAAUUAGGAUCCUACGCGAACAGUUUUGCAGCAACAGCCAUGGGGAAACGACCGCUAUCGCGCAAGGAACUCGAGGAGCAAAAGAAACGUGAGGAUGAAGCUGCUGCGGCUCAUGCAUUUAAAGAGUUUGUUGAGACAUUUCAAGAAGCACCCUCGAAAAUAUCUAAAGUAUGGGUAAAGGCAGGAACGUACGAUGCUGGUUCGAGGAAGGAAGAUACACGCGACAGGGGAAAGCUGUACAAACCCCAGUCCCGCCUCGAGUCAGACCAGGAAAAAUCGAUGGAUUACGUGAAAAUGGUAGCGAGCGAGAAUCGGAAAGAUGUUGCCCUGGGAAAGAAAAGAAACCAAGAGAAGAAAAAGAGCAAUCUUGAGAUUUUCAAAGAAGAGCUCCGACAGAUUCAGGAGGAACGCGAAGAGCGGCACAAGUACAAACAUAUGGCCCGCUCGAUGCUGCCCGGAACAAGCUCGGCCGAGUCGGAUCCAGUGUACAAGGAAACCGAAUCGGGUUCAUUCGACAACGGUGACCCCAACACGACCAACUUAUAUUUGGGCAAUCUGAAUCCAAAGAUAUCUGAGCAAGCGUUGAUGGAGCUUUUCGGCAAGUAUGGGCCACUGGCGAGCAUUAAAAUCAUGUGGCCCCGGUCCGAGGAGGAGAAAAUGCGUGGUAGAAACUGUGGUUUCGUGGCGUACAUGAGCCGGCGCGAUGCCGAACGAGCCCUACGCGCACUGAACGGGCGCGAUGUGAUGGGAUACGAGAUGAAGCUUGGCUGGGGCAAAUCCGUCCCAAUAAUGACGCAUCCCAUCUACAUCCCACCGAAGCUGCUCGCUUACACACUACCUCCGCCACCGUCCGGGUUACCGUUCAAUGCACAACCUCAUCCAUCGGAUACGGACAACAUUCCGAAGAUGACCUCCGUAGCGUACAUGUCGGAGCCGGAGCUGAAGGAACGGAUGGACAGUGUGUUGGUGAAAUCCGUUGUAAAGGUUGUCAUACCUACCGAAAGACAUCUGCUAAUGCUCAUCCAUCGUAUGGUGGAGUUUGUAAUCCGCGAAGGACCAAUGUUUGAAGCGCUCAUUAUGACGCGAGAAAUGGAUAAUCCUAUGUACAAGUUUCUGUUUGAAAACGAAAGCCCGGCGCACAUUUACUACCGGUGGAAGUUGUUUUCUUUGCUUCAAGGUGAUACGCCGGGUGAUUGGCGUACGAAAGAGUUUCGUAUGUUCAAGAAUGGCUCGAUUUGGAAACCGCCGCCGAUUAAUUUCUACACCCAGGGCAUGCCCGAUGAGUUGCUCGCGGAUGAAGAGGGUAUCGAGACGAAUAAAGGAAAUUUAUCCCUAGCACAACGAGAUCGUUUGGAAGAUCUUAUCCGUCAUCUUACCCCGGAGAGGCAAAAGAUCGCCGAUGCCAUGAUCUUCUGCAUCGAGCACGCUGAUGCGGCAGAGGAAAUCUGCGAAUGCAUAACCGAGGCGUUGUCUUCGAACGAUACGCUCGUAAAAAAGAAGGUCGCCCGGCUGUAUCUCAUCUCAGACAUUUUACACAACUCCGCCGUGAAGGUGCAAAACGCUAGCUUUUUUCGUAAAGCGAUGGAAAAGAAUCUGCUCGACAUAUUUCGCAAUCUGAACGGGUACUACAUGCAGCUGGACAGUCGACUGAAGGCGGAAGGAUUCAAGAGCCGCGUGAUGGGUGUGUUUCGCGCUUGGGAAGAAUGGACGAUCUAUCCGAGGGAGUUUCUUUUGAAGUUGCAGCACACUUUUCUUGGAAUUCAACCGGUCGAAAAACAACCGGAAGAGGAACCGGAAGAGGAGAAGGAAGACGAAGAUCUCGAUGGGAUUCCGCUGGACGGGGCGGCACUGCUUAAAAGUGCCAUGCUGUGUGGAAUGGCAAGUGAAGAAAAUCGAACCCCACUGAUAAAACAUGACAUCUACAGCGAUGAGGAUGACAUCGAUGGUAUGCCUCUGGCGGACGAUGAUAUCGACGGUAUUCCCUUGGACAACGCGGCGGAUGAGUUGGGCGGUACUCUGGAAUCUUUGGGAAGUCGAGUCAGCUCCAUCGGGGCGACAGGUGAAGGCGGGGGACGAGCUAGUUCGAAAAAAGGGAAACCGGGCAGUGGCUCAUUUAUCCCGUCCAAAUGGGAAUCGGUUGAUGCAUCACAAAUUGAAGCCCAAGCGGUCACCACCAGCAAAUGGGAUACACUAGAUCCGGUUGUACCGGAGCCACCGAAAAUUUCACUUCAAAAUUCGGGUGGUUCGAUGGGCCGGAAGUAUGGCAACACCUACAGUGAAGACGACGAUGACGAUCGGGACGACGACGGGAAUGGCGCACCAGACCAGGACGAGCUUCGACGGUUACGGUUGCGUGAAAUAGAGGUAAAAAUCGUCCAGUAUCAGGACGAAUUCGAGUCCGGUUCACGGCCGGUGCGCACCGGUUGGACGAUGCACGAAGAGAUCGAUAGCUACCGGAUGAAGCUGAUAAAGGAAAUGGAGAAGGAACUGCGCCAUAAAGGUCGUGAAGAGCAGAAUUGGCCUGCUUCGGAUGAGGACAAUCGCUCGAGGAAAGCUACCAAGCGCAGUCCAAGCGAGGAUAGCUUAAGAAAACACAAAAGAAGAAGGACAUCCAUUUCUCCAGGUUCAAAAUCGUCAAAACGUCGGAUGUCCACCAGUUCCUCCGACGAGGAACAAUCGUCGAUGGACCGGAUUGCAUCACGCUAUCGAUACUCUUCGGAGCGCUCCGUGUCCCCGGGAGCAGCUUCCAGUUCACGUACCAGUAAAUAUGAUCUUCUUGGAUCUCCGGCUGCCGCGAGCAGACAUACCAGCACUGGGGAAUCCGCCGGUUAUGAUCGAUACGAUCGCGAUCGCGACCGGAGCAGGGAUGGCCGCGAUCACCGCGAGAAGAAGGAACUAGGAAGGGAAAGAACGCAACUUUCGCACGAACGUGACCAUCGGGAGCAUCGGGAAAGGGGACGCGAUAGUGAACGGGGCCAUGGGCGUGAUCAUGAUCGCGAUCGAGGGACCCGUGACGAUCGGGAACGUGAACGAGACUACGAUCGUGAUCGGACUAGAGACAGCACUUCCAGUUCCCGUUACCGGGAACGUGAACGUGAACGGGAACGAGAUCGAGCGAAGGAUGUGUACGCCAGUACCAGUAGCAGUAGUAGCAAUAGGAAAGAAUCUGCAGGAAGUUCAAAGUAUGAUGAUAGAGUUCAUGGUAAACGAUAUCGGUAAAUGCGAUUCAUUUUCCUUUGAUUCGAGCACUGCUAAAUAAUUAUAACAUGGACGAACAUUUAAAAAAUUAUUCUUAGUACUGUAGCCAAGCAAGCAGCAAGCAGAAUUUAAUAUUUUCGUAUAAGAUAAAAAAAAGUCCGCGAUAGUUUAAGAUUUGGGACUGAAUCUGCUGUUACAAAAUCAUCGGUUUAUCAGGACACGGAAAGGUUCUGUGGUAAAUUUUCGUAUGAGCACGAAUUUUCCACAUUCGGAUUCCUCGUCUUGGCGUAACGACCAACGGUGGUCAUGCCUACCCUAACUCUGACGGCCGGGUACAUCUAUAGAUGUAAUGGCUCCGUUUCAGUUUGCAUCCGAUCACAUCAUUUUGGUGUGCUGUCAACGCUGUCACCAAAUAAGCACCACAGACUACUGGAUGUAAAAAAAAUAACAAAUUUCACAGGGCGUGUUGCUGUUCGUUCGUAAAUUCUUAUAAAGAUUGAAAAAGAAUUAUCAAACAGGGCGGCCAGAUACUGAGGAACUAGUGCAAACGCACCGGUCGCAAAGCGUUGCGACACCGUGAAUUGUGCGGCCGUCAAAGUGUUAAAGGCUUACUAGAUUUUUUCCCUUUGUGUACGUGUAUAGUCAGUCUUUUCGUAUAAGGCGAGGUUUCGGUCAUGGUUUUGAUUCGAGCCCACGCCAUCGAGGUGCGCGCUCAUGAGCCGACUUUCUAACCGGCGUAAUCGCUCGGGUGUCACGGAUCCCCGGAUUUCUCGAAAGCACUGCAAAUGUAGUCUAUUAAAGUAAAGUAAAUUUAACAAUUUUAAACAAAAUAAAAUGU